AAGACGGACGCACGUUUGCGCAUCAUUCUUACGCGCGCCCCGAGCCAUUCGAGCCUCAUCGACAGAUCGCAGCGGCGAAUUCAGUGUUACAGCAAGUUGAAGACGGCAGACAGGGGGAAAGGGACAAGUGGGAGAUGGAGAGAGAGAAACAGACCAUCUGACUGAGAGAGAGAGAGAGAGAGAGGGAGAGACGGGGCGCGCAUGUCCAGUUGCUCCAUGCAGACUGUUCUCCCAGCUCUCCAAUCAUUCUAGCGAGUUCCCCCCACUCGCCCUCUGUCGCGCUCUGUCCCCGCGUCUUUCACAGUUCUCUCCCGAGCGGACACUGCAGGGGACGAAACGAACGAACCCACCAUGGAAUAGGAAUACUGCCGGACUCAUCUUUCGUCCUUAUCCCCCCCCCCCCCUUUUUUUCUCUCUCUCUCUCUCUGACACCUUAUUUUCUGUCUUUCGCAUCUCCCCCUCUCCGUCUCUCUCGAUGUCGCUCAACAGUUUCUGAAGGGGAUUGAAGGAAAAUGACAAAAAACAUGAGGAUUAUCAUUUUUUCUUGGCACUUUCUGGGGGUGUUUUCCUGCCUUUGGGGGCUGGCGACGGGGGCUUUCCCCAGCUCAGUGCAGAUAGGCGGGUUGUUCAUUAGGAAUACUGAUCAGGAGUACACGGCGUUUCGACUCGCCAUCUUCCUUCACAACACCAGCCCUAAUGCCACGGAAGCUCCCUUUAACCUGGUCCCGCAUGUCGACAACAUAGAGACCGCCAACAGCUUUGCCGUCACCAACGCAUUCUGUUCUCAGUAUUCAAGGGGGGUCUUUGCCAUCUUCGGCCUUUACGACAAGCGCUCUGUGAACACGCUGACGUCAUUCUGUGGGGCCCUGCACAUCAGCCUCGUGACGCCCAGCUUCCCCACCGAAGGAGAGGGCCAGUUUACCCUGCAGCUCCGGCCGUCCAUCAGAGGGGCUUUGCUGUCGCUGUUGGACCACUACGACUGGAGCCGAUUUGUCUUCCUCUACGACACAGACAGAGGUUAUGCAAUACUGCAGGCAAUUAUGGAGAGAGCGGGGCAAAACGGAUGGCAGGUGAGUGCAAUCUGCGUGGAGAGCUUCAACGAGGCAGCGUAUCGCCGGCUCCUCGAGGACCUGGAUCGACGUCAAGAGAGGAAAUAUGUCAUUGAUCUGGAGCCUGAGCGACUACAGAACAUACUCGAACAGGCUGUCAGUGUGGGGAAACAUGUGAAAGGUUACCAUUACAUCGUAGCAAACCUGGGUUUUAAGGACAUAUCUCUGGAGAGGUUCAUGCACGGUGGAGCAAACGUGACUGGUUUCCAGCUGGUGGACUUCGGCAAGCCUAUAGUCAUUAAAUUGAUGCAGCGCUGGAACAAACUGGAUCAGAGAGAGUACCCUGGCUCUGAUAGCCCGCCUAAGUAUACCUCGUCUCUGACAUACGAUGGUGUCCUUGUGAUGGCCGAGGCCUUCCGCACCCUCCGCCGUCAAAAAAUUGAUAUCAGUCGCCGUGGCAACGCCGGUGACUGCCUGGCCAAUCCAGCUGCUCCCUGGAACCAAGGAAUAGAUAUGGAGCGUGCACUCAAACAGGUGCGCAUUCAGGGCCUGACUGGAAACAUUCAGUUCGAUCACUACGGUCGGAGGGUCAACUAUACGAUGGACGUGUUUGAACUGAAGAGCAACGGGCCACGCAAGAUUGGCUACUGGAACGACAUCGACAAACUUGUAUUGGUCCAGAAUGAAAAUGCUCUGUCUAAUGACAGUUCAGCGAUGGAGAACCGGACUGUAGUCGUGACCACCAUCAUGGAGGGCCCCUAUGUGAUGCUGAAGAAGAACUGGGAGCUUUACGAAGGCAACGACCAGUUUGAGGGAUACUGUGUGGACUUGGCUUCGGAGAUCGCCAAACACAUUGGAAUCAAAUACAAGAUCUCGAUCGUACCAGAUGGGAAAUACGGCGCCCGAGAUCCAGAGACGAAGAUAUGGAACGGCAUGGUUGGAGAGCUGGUGUAUGGGAAAGCAGAAAUCGCGGUGGCGCCGCUGACCAUCACUCUGGUGAGAGAAGAGGUGAUCGACUUCUCGAAGCCCUUCAUGUCUCUGGGAAUAUCCAUCAUGAUCAAGAAGCCCCAGAAGUCCAAACCUGGCGUUUUCUCCUUCCUGGACCCGCUGGCCUACGAGAUCUGGAUGUGCAUAGUGUUCGCUUACAUCGGAGUCAGCGUUGUCCUGUUUUUGGUGAGUCGCUUCAGUCCGUAUGAGUGGCACGCAGAGGAACCAGAGGAGGGUGGCCCAGAGCAGGGCCCCACGGACCAGCCUCCCAACGAGUUUGGCAUCUUCAACUCGCUGUGGUUCUCACUGGGAGCUUUCAUGCAACAGGGCUGCGACAUCUCACCGCGGUCUCUGUCUGGACGGAUUGUUGGAGGCGUGUGGUGGUUCUUCACCCUUAUCAUCAUCUCCUCUUACACAGCUAACCUGGCGGCCUUCCUCACAGUGGAGAGGAUGGUCUCACCCAUAGAGAGUGCAGAGGAUUUGGCCAAACAGACAGAGAUCGCCUACGGGACAUUGGACUCAGGCUCCACCAAGGAGUUCUUCAGGAGGUCCAAAAUAGCCGUGUACGAGAAGAUGUGGUCAUACAUGAAAUCUGCCGAGCCGACGGUCUUCACCAAAACCACAGCGGAGGGCGUGGCGAGGGUCCGCAAGUCCAAGGGGAAGUACGCCUUCCUCCUGGAGUCCACCAUGAACGAGUACACGGAGCAGCGCAAGCCUUGUGACACAAUGAAAGUCGGGGGCAACCUGGACUCCAAAGGAUACGGCAUUGCUACGCCGAAAGGCUCACAGUUAAGAAAUGCGGUCAACCUGGCCGUGCUAAAGCUCAACGAGCAGGGCCUGUUGGACAAAUUGAAAAACAAGUGGUGGUAUGACAAAGGAGAAUGUGGCAGCGGGGGAGGGGAUUCCAAGGACAAGUCGUCCCAGGCUCUAAGCCUGUCCAAUGUGGCUGGGGUCUUCUACAUCCUUGUGGGCGGCCUGGGCCUGGCCAUGCUGGUGGCCCUGGUUGAGUUCUGCUACAAGUCCCGGGCCGAAGCCAAGCGCAUGAAGCUGUCGUUUUCUGAAGCCAUGCGGAACAAGGCCCGUCUGUCCAUCACAGGAAGUGUGGGGGAGAAUGGCCGCGUCCUGACGCCAGACUGCCCCAAAGCCGUGCAUGCUGGCCACGCCUCCCUCCGACACCCCGGCCUUGCAGUGGUCUCCUCCGGACUGCCCUGAAAACCAAAAACACCUGCCGUGCCUUAAAGACACACACACACACACACGCACACACACACACACACACACACACACACACACACACACACACACACACACACACACACACACACACACACACACACACACACACACACACACAGACAGACCUUGACAAGGACACACACACACACAGACAGACCUUGACAAGGACACACACACGACCACAAUCACAUAUGUCAUAUCAUAACAGGUAUAACACACACACACACAGCUAUUGAAGCUCAAAUAAAAAUACUCAGAAACAGAACACAUUUUUACACACUUGAAUACACAAACACACACACUGCACAUCAUCCUCUCACUUUCCUGUUGCCAUUGACUUAUUUUACAAGAGACAAGUGAAAUACAGCUGCGUGUUGAACAGCGGAGAAAAAAAAACUAAGGACAACAAUGGCUAUGACACUUGCCUGCAGCAGUCAUUCUUUUUUUGGGGGGGAGGGGGGGGAUCUCAUCCUGAUAUCUACGAACCAACCGGAAAGCCAGCACAGACUUAGAGGACAUGGAAUAUGAGCUGUGACCAUGACAACAACACUGAUCAUGAUGAUGAUAGUGACAAAAAAAAGAAAGAUGAUGAGGGUAAACAAACGACUCUGGUCCUGCUCUGUCUUCAUCGGACAACGUUGACCAAUAAGCCACACCCCUUGACAACGCCUUACUGAGACUACAAAAUUUGUUUUCAUCAUCAUCAUCGUCACGGUCAUCGUCGUCUUAUAUGGCCUGCAAAGACUGAGUGCCAGGUUUUAUCACCCUUAGAAGACCAGAAAACUGUAAGCUUGAACGUUGGGACUGUGCAAGCCCUCUACUUUGCCAUGGACUGUUCCAACUGAAUGAAAAUGUUUUCUUAUUACACACAUAGAGUGAUUUCUCGUCCCGAACCAGCGAGAUAAUCAGCCAAUAUAGAACAGAAGUAACCUCGAAACACAUAUACGUUUGGCCAAUCUCGGCCGUAGAAUUCACAGGGGUUUGUAAAAUAACAAAAGAACAAACAGUAGUAAUUAAUGGAGUCAGUCAUCAACAGCAUUAUCAUGACAGUAGAGAAGCUGAAUAGUUAUGAUUUCUUUUUGCCAAGUGACGUAGGCAAGGUUCAAGCUGUAUAUUAAGUGGUGGAAAGGAAAAGCAUUAACAUAUUGGAGGAUCUAAUAUGGCUACCUAACAAACAGGAGCCCUGGGCCCCUUAAGAAGUUGAUACGGUGUUUAAAACAUGUGGGAUGAAACAAAGAGCUGCCUCCAUGCCCCCCUGAAAAAUUGAACCCAAUAGAAAAAGGCAUGGAAGAGGUAAAUCAGUUCAUUUUUUCUUUGCACAUGUGCCCUCUGCGGGGCACGGGGACGAGUAAACCAUUUCUUUUAUCAAGGUCUGUAAUAAGGCUGAGAGUAAGUGGUCUAUACCGUGUUCACCUCAUUUGAACUGAAUUACACAGAUCUUUCGGGUACAAAUUUUCAAUUUCUCAUAAGGUGUGGACUCUAAUGGGCAGUUUGGUCGUCAAUUCCGAUCCUCAGUCUUUUCCCGUGGCGGGGGGGGGGGCAAGGUACCAUAUCAGAAAGCUUGCUUUUUAAAACUGUUGUAAAUAACUGCGUAGCAAAAGAGAACUCACCUGUCUUUUUUAACCAUCUUAGAUAACGAUUCAUUGCAAUAAUGAAUAUAAAAGAAAAUGCCACUACUUGUAAUUAAGAUAAAAGAUCCUUUUUUAUAAAUCUACAUAUUAUAUAUAAUACAAAUAAAUAUAUAUCUAUAGAGAGCUAUAGACAACGUUGAUCACUGAUUGUCAGAGGCCGUGGCAUUCAUUCUGUUAUAUGGCUGGGGUUUUUUUUGGAUAACUUGAGAACAUUGAAAUGCCACAGUCUCUGUGUGUCCUGCUCAACACUGAAUGUCCAUCCGGUCACACACGCGGACACACACACACACAUACACGUAGAAGCGCACGCACACACAUCGCUGCAUACGCAGGGUCAGCUCAGAGUGAUCACUCCAGCACCGUGAGGGGUUUGGAAUAUGUUUUUGUGGUUUUGUUUCUGACCGUCUGUCUGUGCAGUCAUUCAACCGCUUCUCAUUGUCUAACAGUGUUUCUCUCCCCGAAUCUCUCUGUCGGACUGAAUAGGCCCCUGAAACAGUGUGAUAAAUGCCAGUAUUCAACACUGAAGUCCAUAAAAAAAUGUUGUUUUUUUUCAAAGACGACACGCUUUUGGCAGGCCUCAAGAGACGAUGAGCCUCUGUCACUUACUGUCCUGUAGGCGAACAAAUGCCGUCUGACAUUUCAAACGUGUAGCAUAUGUGUUGCAUGUCACAACCACCUCACGGCUUCUUUCGUUGUUUGUCUUCUCACCAAAUGUGAGUCAGCGACAGUUUAAUCCUUUUGGGCACAUCCACAGAAGAUAUCCACGAUAAGCAGUUUGAGACUGUAGGUGGGAAGGAAAUGUGUUUUCUGCCUUGUCCUUUAAUUAGUUUUUCUGACUUUUUACCUGUUUCCACCUUUCAAAUCCUUCCUUCUCUUGUGCCGUCUUCCGCUCUCCCUUUGCUUUCAUCGCCCCUCCUGUCCCACUGCAAGGCAGAACUCUUUGUACAAAGUGCAAACGACGACAUUUUGUUCCCAGUUACACUGCAAAAUAAUGGGCUGGGGAUCAAUGGAGGAACCCGCGUCACCGGUGGACGACCUGAUCUUCUGGCUCAUUGUUCAGAGUGUCGCGUCACUUGCGUUGUGAUCAUUAACAUUUCACACACACACACACACACACACACAGAAAAAGAAGAAAAAAAAGUUCCUCUGUAAAGCGUCCGCUUCUCUGUUCAAUUCACACACGUACCUCAUCGUUGCAUCAAACGUAUUCAAGUCAAACUCAACUAAAGGCUAAAAGCAUAAACAGAAAUUAAGAUUAUAAAACGAACAUCUCAGACUGCAUUUGAAAACUGUCCGAAGCAAACAAGGUGGACAGUUCCCAGCGACUCCCUCUCAACCCUGGGGUUUCAUUGCAGCAGCACACUGCAGCAAUCCAGCAUGUAAGAGAUUGUGGGUUUUCUGUAACGGACACAUUCAUGAAAGACAGUUCACACUGAUCGCUGGACCGGACACACACAGGCAGUCAAGACGGCACAUGACACCGAUGUUCAUUUCUUUGCCACCUCCAGCACAUAUAUGCGGUUUCAUUCAUAGACAGCAAGAGGCUGUCUGCUGGCUUUAACACUGUUCCUUUCGUCCUUAAUUUCUCUCUUUCCAUUUUGUUUCUUUUUCUAGUAAAACAUCAAUGCUGAA